CAUUGCUCUCAGGAGCUGCUGGAGCUACUAUACAGUCCCCUGUGCUUUCUUUAAAGGUUCUUGCCAACUGAGAGCUGGAAGGCACUGAGACUACCCCACUAUGGCAUGUUUUCUGGGACGCGAUGGAGAAGUCCAUACAUCAGCAAUGGAUAAUCCCAGACAUGCAGUAGUCUCCGACUUGAGUCAGCAGGUGUGGUUCCUUCAGGGUCAGACCCUCAUGGUAGUUCCUCGGAGCAACAAUGUAGGGCCAGUCAUUGUCACCGUUAUACCAUGCAAGUAUCUGGAGUCUCUUCAGAAAGACAAAGGGAGUCCUAUUUAUUUGGGAAUAAAGCAGCCAGAAAUGUGUCUAUGUUGUGAGGACGUUGGUGGAAAGCCUGAAUUACAGUUGAAGAACCAGAAGAUAAUGGAUCUGUACAACCAAGCCAAGCCUGUGAAGCCAUUCCUUUUCUACCACGAAACGACAGGCAGGAUCUCCACAUUUGAGUCUGUGGCCUUUCCUGGAUGGUUCAUUGCCUCUUCUGAGACAAGGCAGCCCAUCUUUCUCACUUCCGAGCUGGGAAACAUGUACAAUAUUGGCUUCCAAUUAGAUUUCAAGGUUUGAACUCAACCUAGAGGAACUCUCACCAUCUAACUCCCUCUAGAAACUACAGUAAAAGGUGCCUUUUGGGGAAGGGAGAGCCUAAAUUCUUCACCAGCCAUGCUUCAGAUGUUACAUUGUGAUAAAAUGAAACAACUGAUUUAGGGUAUAAUUGUAAAAAGAUGUAGCUCAGAUCUGGUUCUGCAUAUCGUAGAUUUCUUAUUCUGACUCUGAUAUACAAAUGCAGAAAACGAUGUUUGCUUAAAUGCAGUCCACACGAUAGCACCAGUAAUGAAUUUUUUUAAAUAAAACUUUCAUUAAAGUAGUGGACAAUCACACCACUUACUCUACUAGGCAGGCUAGCAAGCAGUCAAUAAGCACUGGCAUAACACAGUGUCUCUUGAUUCUUAAAAGUUUUCUUCUUCAAUGAAAUACUUUUUCAGCAUGCAGUUUUAUAAAAGUCAACAUUAAUGUGGACACAAAGCUAAUUAGUUCUGGAAUAUCAAAUAGAAGAAUUGCUCAUUGGAUAUUUAGUACUACACUUACUGCUAAUAAAUGGUGACAUGUUGUUA